AGAAAAGCAAGACCGAGCUCGCGCCGGAAUGAAUAUGCUGAUGAGCACUCGAGAGGCCAGAGGAAGGAAGAUCGUAGAAGCGAUCAUCGGCGUGGGGAACGUGACGACCGGUCAAAAAGAGACUGCGAAGACGAUCGGAAAUCUUCUCGUCGCGAGAGGGAGCACAGAUAUAGGGACCGAUCAGUAUCGCGGGAGCGAACCAAGCGGCCACACGACCGCAAGCGUUCACCAUCUCCCACUGCCAAGAAGCGAAACUCUCGCUCAGCGUCACCUCCUCCACGAAAGUCAAGAGCUCCUUUACCGUCGCAAGAUGAAUCAUUCCGUGGCGAGCUUGCGCCUGGCGAGAGGCCGCCCGAGAAGCAGAAGCCCAAUUUCAAGCCAACAGGAUUACUGGCCAAGGAGGCAAAUACCGUAGUCGGGACGACCACUGUGCUGAAGUACCAUGAGCCUCCGGAAGCAAGGAAGCCGUCGGCAAAGGAACAGUGGCGAAUGUAUGUCUUCAAGAAGAAAGACUUGCUCGACACCAUUCAGCUGUACACGCGAAGUGCUUGGCUGAUUGGAAGAGAUCAGAAGAUCACCGAUCUCCAUCUCGAGCAUCCCAGCAUCUCCAAGCAGCAUGCUGUAAUACAGUUCCGACACCGAACCACUACAAAUGAGUUCGGCGACAAGCUGAGCAAGGUCAAACCGUAUCUCAUCGAUCUGGAAAGCGCGAAUGGAAGCAAGUUGAAUGGGAAAAAAGUUGAGACCAGUCGCUAUCUGGAGCUGAUUGAUGGAGAUGUGGUAUCAUUCGGCGACAGCGAGCGCGAAUACGUUAUGAUGCUGCCCGGAGCGGACUGA